GCCUGGUGGCGCCGCCCCCAGAGCUGGUGCUGCAGGCGCUGCGGCGCCCCCUGGCGGAGGCCUCCGGGACCGAGUGGGAUGAUGACAUGUUUUCUGAUGUGUUUUGUGAAAACUCUAAGAAGCUAAUCAAUGUACAUUUGUUUGCCCUGGCUGCUAAGUAUUAUUCUUUGUCCAGCCUCAGUGUAUCUACUCCUUUAGAAGAUAUACUUGAAGCACUGAGAGGGGACAGUCAAGGACCAACAGGUAUCAAAACUGAAGAGUUUAUGAAUAACAAGAAAUCACAUGAAGUGCAGGUGAUGGCAGAUCUGGUAGACAAAAUAGCAAAUUAUUGUGGUAUAAAGCAGGUGAUUGAUAUAGGUUCCGGAAAAGGCUACCUCAGUUCAUUUUUGUCCAUGCAAUAUAACUUAAAAGUUUAUGGAAUUGAUUCCUCAAUCACCAACACUAAUGGUGCUCUUGAAAGGAGUAGAAAAUUGAAAAAACACUGGAGAGCAUAUCAAACUCGAGGAAGAACAAACCUCAAAAACCAGAGGUUGGAAAAGGCAAAUGAGAGGCCACUGGAAAGUGAAAUUAAAUGUAAAGCAAUCAAUGAAAAGCCCUUAAAUAAUGACAGCAGUCUUCAAAGUCUGGACCAAGUGCCUAUCCAAGACUCAGUUCCUUCCUGUGGUUUGACAGAAAUAGUUGUGUCGGAAACCAGCAAACUAACUGAAGUUGAUUUGGUAGCUCAGACACAACCCGAGGACAGCAAACUCUCUGAAGAGGUUCUUGCCACUCUAGAUGUUCUGCCUGUGGAUGCUGUGGAAGUUUUUUCUUCAUCUCAGCAUAACUGUGGGGAGCUCUGUGAAGAGGAAAAGGCACAGAGAAGAAUGGCAUCUCUCAAGGCUAAAGCGAAGAAGUCGAGUGAAUCAAACCUGUAUUUUCCAUUGACCUCUUGCAUCACUGCAGAAACAGAACUCAGUGACAUCAUAACAGAUCUGGAGGACUGUGUGAUGGUGGGCCUACACACAUGUGGCAAUCUUGCUGCAAAUACAUUACGAAUUUUUACUGCCAAGCCUGAAAUCAAAGCAGUUUGCAGUGUAGGCUGCUGCUACCAUCUGUUGUCCGAACAGUUUGAAAACCAAGAAGCUUGCCCAGAGGAAAUGUGGGGAUUUCCCAUGUGUCAGUACUUGAAGGACAAGGGCUGGUGCUGUGGUCGCAAUGCUAGAAUGUCAGCAUGCUUGGCUUUGGAGCGAGUUGCAGUUGGCCAAAUGCUGCCUACAGAAUCAUUGUUUUAUCGAGCUGUUCUUCAGGUUAUUAUAGAAGAAAUCUAUGGUGUUACCAAAAGUGAUCAUCAUGUUGGAAAAACAUUCUCCAAAUCAUCCUCUUUCGUAGAUUAUGCUAGAAAGUCUCUGAAAAAGCUGGAACUGGAUGAUUCAAAGCUCCCAGACAGCUGUAUAAUGGAUUACUAUGAAAAAUACAAGGACAGAAUGAAUGAGCUUGAAGCAUUUAAUAUGCUGAAGGUUGUUCUGGCUCCCUGCAUAGAAGCUUUGAUACUUCUGGAUCGUCUCUGUUACCUCAAGGAGCAGGACAACAUUGCCUGGUCUGGACUUGUGAAGUUAUUUGAUCCUGUGAAGUCCCCCAGAUGCUAUGCAGUUAUUGCUCUGAAGAAAUAGUCAUGUUUUUAAGUGAAAGCAAAUUGCAGAUAGGCCGAGAUCUCUGAACUAAUACUGCUGUUUCCUCACUUUUAUUCUGUUGUUUUUAAUUGAUUCCUCAAGUACAUUGACUACUUUUCAGCUACAGAAGUAAAAAGUGAAAUGCCUCUUUGAAUCACGAGAAAUAAAUAUCCUCUUUAUAGAUACCAUUGCUUCCUUAUGUCUGUUAUGAAACAAUGUUGAA